AUGCCAGUGUCGGAAGCGCCAGAGCAGCGACAGAGCCGGCGCGCUGCUGUGCGCACCAUCUGCAGAUUGAGUACUGCUUUGGCCAGCCCAGAGAAGUUGGGCAAAGAUGUCGGCGGGCAGUUGCUGGCAGAGCGCGUCGUACAACUUCGCCAGGUUUUAGAAGGCGAGGAGCUACAGCUCUUAGAGGACACUGUGCAGCAGUAUGAAAGUGCGGUUGGGAGAGCUUUAAAUUUCUCCGAUGCGCCUGAACCAAGUGCUUCUGAACCGUCUGCUGCCGCCCUACCCGUGCGAGAAGGGCCAGAGGGUGCGAGCCCGGCUUUCCGCAUCCAUGGGGCAGACGUCCAAUUGACUUUCAACAAGACAUCUUGGAGGGCUCCGUUCGAGCAGUGCACAGAGACUUGGUUUUCCUCGGGCGGCACCCUUCUGGUGGCCCAGUUUCAGGAAUGGGCUAUGGAGAUUUUGCCACCCAAAUUUCGCGAGCCCAAUAAACACAUCUCUCUCACCUUGGAAGAGUCCUGCCGUGCUGCAGAGGGUACAUCUCGAGUCCACUUGCACGCGCAAAUCACGUUUGAGCGCAGAAUCGAUCGCACUUCCGUUGCUGACUUCAUGUUUGAUGGUGUACGUCCGCAUGUUGUGACUCACCCGCAUUCAGCGGCAGUGCACGGUGAGCUGAACAAGGCCCGUGGGCCUCAUGUGGCCGUGUCACGCAACCGAUCCCACUUUUACGUUUACUGCACCAAAGUGGGAACUCUAUGGUCCUUUACCAACUACUGGCCCUUUGUGGAUUACGAAGUACAACCUCAUUGGCUUAUGGGCUGGUGGGCCACGGGGAAGUUGACUAACGAGCAGUACAAGGGAUAUUUGCGACGCUGCAAGCGCUCUUACAGAACAUUGUUACAAAAUUUUGAGUCUGUGGUGCAAGCUGAGAAAGCUGCGCAGCUUACAGAGUACCGCGAGGCCGUAGCCCAGGUGUUGUCCUUAGCGCGCUUGCCCUUUCGAUGUGUUGAUGACCCGUUGUUUCCAAACUUGCAGGCGUUCCUGGACCAGUUCCACUGGGCAACAGAUCGGUACAAGAUUUAUGCUCUUCAAGGGCACUCGCAAGCAGCAAAGACAUCGUUUGUGAAGUCGCUGUUUGCCAAACCUUUUGUCGUGACUAUUCAAGGGCAGGACGUCUUGAAUCUACAAGCCUUUGAGUAUGGCCAUCACGACGCCCUUAUCCUAGACAACCUGGUGGAUUGGUCUUUGAUACUACAGUACCGUGCAUUGCUUCAGGCUAAUGUGGACUUGCAUCGGUUGGGUGAGUCUGCGACAGGCAUCUACGCGUACUCCGUCUUCCUUUGGGCUGUGCCCAUCUGCAUUACGCUGGAUGCUGAUGUGAAUUGCGCGCCUUUCUACGCGUCCGACUGGUUGCAGGCCAACGUUUACCUGGACGUUCUCCCGCGUGGUGCAAAGUGCUACAUUGAAGGUGAGCGGCCACGCGUUCGCAUGACAGAUGUGCCUCAGCUCCGGCGUUCUCCUUAA